UAGGUACGCAGUAGUCACAGGGGCUUCUAAAGGGCUCGGCCGACAAGUCGCACUUAAGCUGGCGAGAGAUGGAUGGAGUCUUGUUCUUGCGUCGAGGAAUUCUGAGCUUCUCGACGAUCUCAAGAAGAGUAUAGAGAGCUCAUAUGCAGGGGAGUGCAAGGUUAUUACUGUUCCUUGUGACCUAGCCAGUGAGGACGGUCGUAGUGCUCUUGAAAGGACGGUAGAGGAUCUCCCUAUCACCCUAGUGGUUCUCAACGCUGGAGGUGCUUAUACUAGAGAUUUGGUCAACGUAUCUAAGGGGAAAGUGCGCGAUAUGCUGGGUAUCAACGUAGAGCAACAGACCUUCCUUUCACAGUAA